AUGUUUGCAAAAGCAACAAAAAAAUUUGUGAGAGAGACUGACACUGGCGGUGACUUGAUCCCUGUAUCCCGCUUGAAUGACUCAGAUAAAUUACAGCUUCUGAACUUAGUAACAAAGAAGAAGAAAUUGUGGUGCUGGCAGAAACCGAAGUACCAUUUCUUGACAGUCACGCUGAAUGAUGUGCUUACUGAAGACAAACCUAUAAAACCAGUUGUUGUUGAGUCUGACUUUGUGAAAUAUGAGGGGAAAUUUGAAGACUUUGUCAGAGGAAGUAUUGAAACUUCAUUUGGAAAGAUCAACCUGGGUGCUGGAGGAAAAGGCUUUGUAGAAAGCCAGUCUUCAUUUGGAAACCUAAAAAAGCAGGAGGCUGAUUUGCAGCAGCUUAUGAAAGACCUCAAGGGAAGAACAAUAAAUCUAAACAAUAAUUUACUGCAACAAGUACUAGGAAGAAAACAUGAGGUACUGUGUAUCUUGACAGUAAAGAUAGUAACAACUCAAAAGUGUUUGGUAUCUGAACAUAUUCAGACAGAAGCAAAAUAUGGUGGCGUGGUGGGACUCCAUACAAAAAUUGUAAAGGUUUCAGUGAGCGAAAAUGGGAAUGUGAGAAAGGAUUCCAAUGUGGUGUUAGAGAUUCCUGCCCCCACCACGAUUGCCUAUGGCGUAAUUGAACUGUAUAUAAAGCGUGAUGGUCAGUUCGAAUUCUGCCUGCUAGAUGAGCAAGAAGGAGGUUUUGAAAGAGAAAACACAGAAGGCUCAUCUUAUCCAUAUUCUUUACCGUUUAGAGACUCUUCCUUUCUAUAUCAGCCAGACGCUGUGGAUAGUGACAGGCACUCUGGAGAUAGAAACAUCAUUCCCAGUGGUGCUUCCUUAAGUGUACUGAAACAAGAUCUGUUGCUGUUAAAGAUGCAGUUCCAACCCUUUGUGAAGCUUCCAGAAGACAAGCAAGGAGCUUUAAAUAAAAUAUUUUAUGAGCUCUUGCAUCAUGAAGAAAUGGUGACUGCACUGGAGGAGGUGUUAGAUAGUAUUUGCACAGGAGAGGAGCCAGAUUUCACGGACCUGAAGGAAUUGAAACCUCCACAGCAGCAAAACAUAACCGACUUCUUGCAGCUGGUCGGGUACAGUUUACAGAAUGAGCUGUUGUUGCAGAAAGACCAACUUCAUUAUAAGGGACUCUUCUCAGCUGCUCACAUCCUGAUCAGUGCAGUGGCAGAAUUGUCUGACUACACACUGGCUCUGUUGCGUGCUUGCUGUGAUAUACAAAUAAUCCCUGCCUUGUGUUGUUUGCCUCAUGUCGCUUCAGCUGAUGGCACUUUGACACUGAGAGAUCCUGCCCUGGCCCCUCUCACUGACACAGGAAGAUUUCACAUAGUGCAAAGGCUGUUCGCCCUAUCAAACAUUAACCUCGAAAUGAUGGAGUCUUCAGUGAAAGCUGUAACCAUGAAAGAACCCAGCUUUUUCCCAUUCAUUCUUUAUAUUGCAUUGUAUGGAUUUUAUGCCUUAGGUGGGACCAUCGGAGGAAAAAAGAAAAACCUAGAAUAA